GUAAAAUUGAGGAAGAAGCUACAUGAAAGUCAUUGAGGUAUUUUGAAAAGAAAUGAAGGAAAAAUAAUUAGAUUAUGGCAUGAAACGAAGCAUUUAGAUUUGAAGAAGACACUUUCUUCUGUUUGGUUAGGUUUCGCAGAAUUCCCUUCAACCUCUUUCUUCGAUACAAUAAUUGCAAUUGCGAAAUCCAAAUUCAUUGAAUUCUAUGAUAAGUUGAUUCCUUCGCUUCUUCUCAUCUCCAUUGAUCCACAGCAGUUGCGAGAUGGGAAAAGCGAGGGACAGAACCGAGGAUUUCAAAGACGCCGUGCGCCACACCGCACGCUCUUUCGGCUACGACGAGGCUAAAUUGGCGUCCAUUUUGGCAUCCUUCAUUAUUCAUAAACCGCCACAAAGAUCCCCAUUUUCCAAAGCUGCAUUGAAGACGCUGGAGAGUAUUGGAGAGCUGGAUCAGUUUUUGUUGAAGCAUAGGAAGGACUACACGGAUCUUCAUCGCACCACUGAGAAGGAGAGAGAUAGCAUCGAGCAUGAAGUUAGUACUUUUAUUAAAACUUGCCAGGAACAAAUUGAUAUUCUUAAGAAUAGCAUAAAUCAAGAUGAGGAAACUUCAAAAGGUUGGCUUGGCAUUUCAAACACUAAAUCUAAUGCAGACACCAUUGCCCACAAACAUGGGGUGGUUCUAAUUUUAAGCGAGAGACUCCAUUCAGUUACAGCACAGUUUGAUCAGCUCAGAGCUGUACGCUUCCAGGAUGCUAUUAAUAAAGCAAUACCACGACGAAAACUUAAUCGUGUAACCAGGAAAGAUUCUGCAGAAACCUCUAAUUCAGGAGACACAGAGCUCAGAGAACCAGAGGAGUUACAAGCUGAGCCUCUAAGACUCCAACAACAACACUUAGAUGAUGAAACGCGUGCCCUUCAGGUGGAAUUGACUAGUCUUCUCGAUACAGUUCAAGAAACUGAAACUAAGAUGGUGGAAAUGUCUGCACUAAAUCAUCUCAUGUCUACACAUGUUUUGCAUCAAGCGCAGCAGAUUGAGCACCUGUAUGAGCAGGCUGUGGAAGCUACUAAGAAUGUUGAGCUUGGUAACAGAGAACUCUCUCAAGCCAUUCAGCGGAAUAGCAGCAGCAGGACAUUUCUUUUACUGUUUCUGUUUGUGCUUACUUUCUCGAUCCUCUUUCUUGAUUGGUAUAGUUAAACGCUUUUUGUUUUCUGCUAUCAGUGUAUCUUCUUACAGGCACUCUCUGCCCCGUCUAAUUUUUCCCACCAGAAAGGCAUCUUUUUUCUAGAUGCGAUUUGUUUAUGAAUUUUAGUAAUCAAUUUAUGAAGGGAAUGACACAAGAGACCUGCCUACUGUUUGGUAGGAGGGGAGGGAAAUCAAAAUUUUAGUACGGUACAAAAUGAGGUGUGCAAGGGCCAAGGAGGACUGGAUCAUCUUGCAAUUUACUUGGUUGUUUUGGAAGGUUACCUGUUAUACUAGCUAUAGGUUAAAAGACCUAAGCAUUCAUUCAUUAAAAUAUAUUGACAGAUAUAAUGGUUUAGAA